CCGGAUCGAACAACUCAAUUGGCUCUAGAAAUGUUAAUACCGAACGCAAAUAAGAUGACAUGUAGCAGAAAGAUGCGAGUUGCCGAACGAUUUUCGAAGUAAAAGAGCAAAUGAACGCCUCCGCUUUGUAAUGCCGAACGCACUACUGAAAAUUUCUCUAUAGAUAGCGCUAAUAUUUGCUGCACCUGCAACUUGCACUGAUUUGCACCACGUGCGCAUGUAAACAAUAUUGUGUUAAAAGUUAGGAACUCUCUCAUUUCAAUCAGCAUCAAUCAGUAAGAUAUAAUGGAGCCAAAUCAAGAGAAUGAUCAAGGUGGACUUCGCGUUGACGGCAGACGAGCGUUGGAAUUAAGGCAAAUCCGUAUGCGGAUGGGAGUAUUCGGGCAGGCCGAUGGUAGUGCAUAUAUAGAACAUGGCAACACGAAAGUUCUAGCAGCGGUGUACGGUCCUCGUCAGUCAAGAAGCAGUGCAUCAAGGAAUAGUACAAAGGCUAUCAUAAAUUGUCAGUACAGCAUGGCUGUGUUUAGUUUUACCUCUGGCGAACGGAAGCGAAGACCCAGAGGAGAUUGGAAAUCACAAGAGAGGUCGGCACAAUUACGUCAUGCCAUGGAGGCUAUAAUACACUUAGAACUAUAUCCACGCUCUCAGAUCGAUGUCUUCGUAGAAGUUCUACAGGUUGACGGCAGUGAUUAUUGUGCAUCCGUAAAUGCUGCGACGCUUGCAUUGAUUGAUGCCGGAAUUCCAAUCAAGAAUUAUGCCAUCGGCUGUAGCAUAACUCUUGUUAAUAAGCUAUCGGUAGAAGAUGAAGAUAAAACGUUAACCACAGGAGUAUUGGAUGCGAACUAUGUAGAGGAGUGUUCACCAGGAGUUACUUUGUCUGUUGUUGCAUUAGCAGGAACGAAUAAUGAUAUUGAAGUGGAUGGAAAUGGUUUGAUAGUAGUAGCACAUGGGGCAGGUCAGAGAUUACAUUUGUCACGUUUGGAAACACUCAAACAACGUGUGUUACAAGGUUGCCAAGAUAUAAAGAAUAUAUUAGACCAUGGCGUGAGGCAUCAUUUAACUGCAAAUCUGUUGCCUUCAUUUCUGCAUAAUUCACUCGACUAAGAAAAAGAGGAACAAUUAUAUUUGAUAUUCUGUAAGAGAUUUUUAUGUAAUUAUCUCACUGUAUAUAAAUUUCUAACUAAUAAAAAAUUGCUUUCUUAAAAAA